AUGUGGAGUUAUAGCAUAUCUUGUAUACUUGCUCUCAGCAGCUUAGGGUAUGCAGUUCCAUAUUCCAACAAGCUGCAUAAGAAUACGGCACUCGUCAUCAUUGAUGUACAAAACGAUUUCAUCAACGGCUCUUUAGCCAAUCCACGAGCUCCUGCUAUUUUACCUAAAAUCUAUCAACUCCUGGAUAAUCAUGAGUGGCCCUUCGUUGUCGCUUCUCAGGACUGGCAUCCUAAAGGGCAUGUCUCGUUCUUUUCAAGCCAUCCUGGGAAAGUCUCCGGAGACACUGUGAACGAUAGCUUCGUGGAUACCCCUACGAAGACCGAAACACAGAUGCUAUACGCGGACCACUGUGUCCCGGAGACGUGGGGCGCUGAGAUAGAGCGUGGCGUUCAGACGCGGCUGCAUUUGCUCGAAGGCUACCGCGCCCCCGUCAAUUACAUUAAAAAGGCGCAAGAUCACUCAGUCGACUCAUACUCGGCUUUCGCUGAUAAUCAGUACCACCGCUUCACCACACUACACUCCGAGUUAACCUUGCAUAGCAUUGAGACUAUAAUCGUGACGGGACUCUUAACGAGUGCAUGCGUCCGCGGUACAAGUAUCGAUGGAAUCAAGCUGGGAUACGAAGUCGUGCUCAUAGAGGAUGCCACUGAAUCAAUUAGUGAUGAGGACAAGGCUGCGGCCAUUAAGGAGCUUGAGGGUUGGGGAGUGCAGGUUUUGAAUCUAGCAGAUUGGGAGGGCGCAAAUCCUACUCCAGUAAAAUCCAGGACGAGGGAAUUGUAA